AUGGUAGGCCCGGCCGGCAAAACCCCACGGCACCAGCUAACGGAACACGAGCGGCGCCUGUGCCUCGAGGCACUGCUGAGCGACCGCCACGAACGCCGCGUGCGUCGUGCGCAGCCGAAGACGGGUGAUGGAGCUGCGGGGGCAGCGAGGGCUGCGAAGCGUACGACAGCGGCGAUGGAGGUCGCCGAGUCAAAAGGCGAUGCCCCUGCGCGGCCAAGAGCCAAGGGUAAGGAGGAGGCGAGCGCUACGGCUGUUGCUGAGGCCAAGGAGACGACGGGCAAGAAGGCAACGAAGGCCAAGGACGCAGCAGCCGAGCCCAAAGAGACUGCGACGAAGAAGAAGGCAGCGGCGAAGCCGCUUGCGCCCCGCAAGACGAAGGAGGCGGUUAAGGCAACGCGGACCAAGUCGAAGGCUGCGGCUAAGUCGCCACCGUCCAGCCAGAAGAAAGCCGCGGCCAAGUCACCGGCGACCGGCAAGAAGAGGGCGGCGGCUAAGCCUCCGGCGUCCAGAAUGAAGAAGAAGGCGGCGAAGAAGACGUCGGGCAAGUCGUCGUCAUCGACCAUGAAGAAGACGACGAAGGAGGUCGGUGACAGCCCCGCGGCCACGGUGGGGCAAGAAGCAGCUCAUGCAGUUGAAGCCGCCGUCGGUGAGGUCCUCGCUGACAUCGUCGGCUCUAUCGCUAUUACCACGAACCCCAGCACGCCUAUUCGGACGCCGUUACCUGCAGAGCAGACUGCGCUAACGUCGAACGCGGGGAAGCGGAAACGGGGAUCAUCCUCUUCAUCUCGCAAACGCCGCCGCGGCAUCCAUGAAAGUCACAUCGAGCCAAUGGACGACGGGCGCAGUGGUGAAGAGAGCAGCGACGGUGGUAGCAAUGGAGGAGACGAUGAGCCCUACGUCCCACCCUGUGUCGUCGAUGCAGACCCUAACUUGAUGGAGGAAGGGGCCGACCGCUAUACCGGCCUGAACUCGGAUGAGGAUCCUGACAUCCGCAUCCAACAUACGUGGUCGUAA